GGGAGGUCCAUCGUUUUCCUAGGAUUCUACCCAGGGCCGGGGUCCUAGAGGGCCUGCUUUGGUCUCCUCCUCCUGAGCCGCAGAGCCGAGAUCCUCCGGUCCUUCGCCUCCUUCGGACCUCCGGCUCCUUCGUUAUGGCGGGACAGCUCCGGGGAGCCGCUCGUAUUCUGGGCAGCUGGAGGAGCUACUGCUCGAAGGGGCAGCAGGAGAAAGUCAGUGUGGGUUUUGUGGAGGCGCUGAAGGCAGUGGUGGGGGAGACCAAUGUGUCUACAGCCGGCGUGGUGCUCGAACAGCAUGGUCAUGAUGAAUCUAUGCACAAGUGCAGCCCCCCAGAUGCUGUUGUCUGGCCCCAGAAUGUGGAGCAGGUCAGCCGGUUGGCAGCAUUGUGCUACAAUCACAGAAUCCCCAUGAUUCCCUUUGGCACUGGGACAGGGUUGGAAGGAGGUGUCAAUGCUGUAAAGGGUGGCGUCUGCUUUAAUCUCACUCACAUGGAUCGUAUCUUGGAUCUGAAUGUGGAGGAUUUUUCAGUGACUGUGGAGCCCGGGGUCACCCGUAAAGCCCUUAAUUCCUACCUGAGGGACACCGGCCUCUGGUUUCCAGUGGAUCCAGGAGCUGAUGCCUCCCUCUGUGGUAUGGUAGCCACUGGGGCCUCAGGUACCAAUGCUGUUCGGUACGGCACCAUGUUGGAGAAUGUUGUCAACUUGGAAGUUGUGUUGGCAGAUGGGCAGAUUCUGCACACUUCAGGUCAAGGCCGCAGAUUCCAGAAAAGCUCAGCGGGCUACAACCUGACAGAACUGUUUGUUGGCUCCGAGGGGACCCUGGGCCUCAUCACCACAGCCACACUCCGACUGCAUGGCAUCCCCGAAGCUACCAUAGCCGCGGUCUGUGCCUUCCCCAGCAUCCAGGCUGCUGUGGAUAGCACUGUACAGAUAAUCCAGAGUGGAGUGCCUGUGGCACGCAUUGAGUUCCUGGAUGAUGUUAUGAUGGAUGCCUGUAAUAAGUACAGUGGUCUGACCAAUGCUGUAACUCCCACCCUCUUCUUGGAGUUCCAUGGCUCCCAGCAGGCCUUGGAGGAGCAGCUGCAGAGGGCUGAGGAGAUCGUCCAGCAGAACGGAAGCUCCUAUUUUGCUUGGUCCAAGGAGCCAGAGGAGCGGAACCGGCUAUGGACAGCUCGGCACAAUGCUUGGUAUGCCACCCUGGCUCUUAGGCCUGGCUGCAAGGGUUAUUCCACAGACGUCUGCGUCCCCAUUUCACGGCUCCCAGAGAUUAUGGUGCAGGCCAAGAAAGACCUGAAAGCUUUUGGACUCACGGGAGCCCUAGUUGGACAUGUUGGGGAUGGAAACUUCCACUGCAUCUUAGUGUUCAACUCUGAAGAUGCUGAUGAAUACGGCCGAGUAAUGGGAUUUGUAAAACAGCUGGGAAGGACUGCACUGGCUAUGCACGGGACCUGCACCGGGGAGCAUGGCAUCGGGCUGGGCAAACGCCAGCUACUGAAGGAGGAGAUUGGCCCUGUGGGCAUAGAGAUUAUGAAGCAGAUCAAAUCAGCCCUGGACCCCAAGAACCUCAUGAACCCUGGCAAAGUGCUGUGAGGACCAGGCCCUUCUGCUGGCCAAGGAGCUGCUCUCCUUGUAGGAAUGAGGCUGUGGAAAUAAGGCUAGAGAUGAGGAGCCCAAAGCAUCAUCACCUGGGAUAGUGGGUAGUCCUGACAGAGGUCACCUCAGAGAUUUGGCGGGGUGGGCUGUGUGCGGCAAAGACUUCAGUGGAGGAGAUGGCUGAUCACCUUUUACCUGGGCAAAAAUCUCCCCUUAGACCCCUAAGUAACCUGGGAAAACAAGAAGACCACAGGAGAAGGCUUACUGCUUAUUGGUCUUGACUAGCUCAGCCUGGGCCCUUUGUCUAUCAUGAUUUUUCUAAGUAAACAUUUUAGAAUUGCCCUUUUCAA